AGGACGGGUUACGAGCUCCGCUGGCUGGUAGUUCGUCUAGUCAGUCCGACUCUAGACACCGGCUGUGAUUGUGUAGUGUUGGUACCAGCCAGUGAGUGUGAUUUUAAUCUUUUCUCGCGAGAUGGGCCUUGUUUAGGAUGCUGACUGCAUCUAGGGCUGCUCCAACUGCCACGAGGAGGCACCAUCAGCAGCAACAGGGCCCUGAGGAAGGGAUUGACCACCUUUUUCUGUUGCCCGAGCGCGUUCUUAGCAUGGACAGCACACAGCUGCGACAGGAUCUGGCAGGCCUCGACUUCAGUGUUCAUCUCCUCCACACUGCGCCUCAGGGCAACGUCUGGCUAUCUGGGGCCGCUCCCGUGGACGCCAGACAACGUUCCGGCUCAUUGCACAGCAAUCCCCGCUCCUCGACAUCUAAUAAAGGGCAUUCUGGUACACUUCACUGGUUUGCAUACAUCGGAAAUGAAGCAGAUUCACUUCAGAAUGAAACAGUUAGCGAAGGUAAAGAGGGUUCAAACCUGUCACAAAAGGAGCGCGAAGAGAGAAUCCGAGCACUCCGUGAUCGACAGAAUGAGGAGAGACAGAGGAAGUUGGAGGAACUGAAGCAACAGGCAUUAGCUGCUCAGAAGUUCCGCGAACAGAAAGAAGAGGAACGAAGACGGCGCAUAGAUGAACUACGACAACGAGACAAUGACAAGCGCCAUCAGGUAGAGGAAAGAAAACGCCAGAUAUGGGAGGCAGAAAGAGAUCGUAGAGAGGCAAUUCUGAGAAAGAAUCAGGAACGAGAAGCUCGGAUUGAUUCGAAACGAAGGAAUGAGCGUAGUUCAAUAGUAUUUGCAUUUGGAAGUUCGACUCCAAGAAUGCUGGAACCCGCUGAUACUGGUGGUUCCUUCUGGGGAACUAGGAGAGCAACAUCUACAACAAAUGUAAUGAUGUUCACAGCAGCGCCCUUGACUCGUCGUUCAUCAGAACGGGAUCUCGACGGUAGUAAGAAGAGAGCCACUUCAGCCAGUGGUCUUGACUGCAAACCUGGUGAAGAUAUGAAAAUGUCUUCUUCUAUGUACGAAGUUUUCCACUGGAAUUCAACUCCUGAGCCUGCCAGUAAACCCAUUCAAAGGGCUAAAAGCCUUUCCUGUGCCCCUGGCUCUGAGCCAAAGACAACCCCAGCUAAACCUGACCCUCAGAUCACUGCAUCUGAGAUUGCUUCUGAGUUGAAUUUGAACCUAGAUGGGUGUGCCCGUAGCUUUUCGAGUGCCCCUCACACGCCCUCGAACCGAUCUGUUCACAUUUCCAGUAUUUUGCCCGGAUUUGGGGGCUUGCCUGGUGGUGAAGAUGGAGACGUGAAUGCACGUGGCGCUGCAGUCGUUUUGGCAACACAGCAUCGUGUCAACAGGAGGAAGACAGACCUGAUGCCCACAAUCCCUUCUCCCCGGGACUUGACUCCCACCUCUAGUUCCAGACCCUCUUCUGUCCAUCUGCAGGGAAAUCGUCCAUUUAGCAGAUCCCCAGGUAGGGCUUACUCCAUGUCCCGCCUCGACCAGCUUUCCCGGCCCCGCCAACGUCCGGCCGCAGAGCUGGCCGCGUUGCAUGAAAAGACUUCUGGCCCAGCCACAUUGGGAUCCUCUCCCACCACUGCCAAGAGCAUGUCUUGCAGCAUGAGUCACCUGGCAGGUAGUAGACACGCUCAGCGUGGGUCUCAGCUUCGCAGGUCAAACGCCUCGUGCAGCAUGUCCCAGUUGACUGGGAGUGGACAGGGAUACCCUGUUCCACCUCCCCGGUCCACACGGGCAGAAAGGCUGCGUCAGAGGGCUCGUGAGAUGGCUCAUCGCGGUGUAACUGGUAGUGUUGGGCAGCUGCAAGGGUUGCGGUCUGGUGAGGUGACACCAUCACCUCCAUCACGACCUCUAAGUGCACUCAGUCAACAGAGUGUGAACAGUGUCAACUCUGGGGUGAGUCUCCGUACUCGCCCAGCUGCUGCAUCCCGUAGGCCUCGUCCCUUCAGCAUUGCAGUGACGGGCGUGACGCACGAGUCUGAUAGCCACGCAGGCCACUCCUCGCUUAGACAUAGCAUUGCUGGGGAUAUUCACACUUCGAAAACUCAAAACACAAAUGUUGACCGUGAGAGUUCGAAACCACCACUUCCCAGAGUUCAUUCUGCCAAGAAAUUAACAAAACCUGAGGCUCCAGUCAAGAAGGCUACAGAUAGAGUGAUUAAGUCAGCAAAGGCUUCCCCUCGAAUGACUCCUAAAGCCACCCCACUGCAGUCCCCUGGAUCAGAGGCACCUCCGUCUUUGUCUGAGGAUCAAAUUGAAUCAAGAGAAGAGAAGAAUGAAACUGUUGUGAAAAGUGAAGUUCAUGAAGCAGAGCCUCCUGAGGAGGUAUCAGAUGUUGUCAAGCAGCCAGAUGUAAAGGUGGAGCCAUCUCUGGAAGAAACUGCUUCAGUGACAGUGGAAUCGAAACCAGUAGCAGAGGAGACGGAAGUCCACGAGGAAGCAAUUGAGCAGGCAGUUCAGCCUGUUGAGACAAAAGUGGUUCAGGAGGAGGUUGUAGAGAAGCCUGAAGCAGCAGAACAUCCCGAGCAUAUUGAACCUGAAGUUGAUAUGACAGCAUCAAUGAUGGCAAAAAUUCGGAUCACUACAGAAGUAGAAGCAAAGGCUGCGCUGGCAGAACGUAGACGCUUAGCUCGAGAACAGGCAGAGAGGGAAGCGGAACUGGAGAGACAGAGAUUGUCAAGACUGAAAACUGUCAGAGACUACAUAUUAUUUUAUGGCAUCCCUGGAAUUGACACCUCAUUUCAUGAAAAGCAGGAAAGAGGAGGAACAGAGGUUAGAAAAAUGCGCCAGGAAGAAGAAGAUCAACGCAGAUUUGAGGAGGAGCAGCUGAGAUUAGUGGAGGAAGCUCGCCGAGCAGAGGAGGAACGAUUGCUUCAGGCCAUUCAUGAAAAUGAAAGACGGGAAGAAGAUGAAAGAAAAAGAAGAGAAGAGGAGGCCAAGGCUAAAGCUGAAAAGGAAGAAGCAGAGAAGAAGGCAAGAGAAGAAGCAGAGAGGUUGCGCCGCGAAAUGGACGAACGACUGAAAAAGGAGGAGGAGGAACGCAUCGCUCGACGCAAGCGAGUUGAAGCCAUCAUGCUACGCACACGAGGAAAGGGAUCUGGUUCAUCCAACACACCCACUAAGGGCGAAGGAGAUAUUGAAGAAGGGAAAGAUGAAAGUCCGCUGGAAGAAACAAAGCCACAUCCAGGAGAGGCUGCUGCAUCUGUGGAACUACCCAGCUCUGAGUUAGAUUUACCUGACAACAUCACCGCCACAGGCAAUGGCCAGCAGAGUCUCCUAGUGGACAGUUUCAGUACCAACAUUAUGGAUCAUAUCCAAGAGAAUGGUGGCAGUGAGAAGAUGGUGUCUUCUAGUUUGAAUAGUGAUUUAUUAUUAAUAGACGCUGUGAAACCAAUGGAAACUAGUGAGGACUUAAUAACUAAUGCAAGCGGUACGCUACCCCCGCCUCCCCAGAGCAACGGUCAUCGGAAUGGAGUGGAAUACGGUGCUGUAGACUUUGUCAGUGUAGAUAAUGUGAAACAGAACAAUGCGACGAACAACUUACUAGACUUUUCAGAGUUUGACGCGUUCGGCACAAACAACGUGACGCUGAAUACCGCUCCACAGCUGACGGCACCUACAGACUUUGAGCAGAUUUUGGACCUGAGCACAGUUCCAGCUACAGGAAAGCUUUCAAAUGAAGAUAAUGUCAACUCAAAUGUAAUGAAUAAUGGGCCUGCCCCGCCGUUCAUCGCGUUUCAGGAAAACCUGGCCAAGAAAACAGAUAGCAAUUCAGUUACUGAUCUACUGUCAUAACAUGCUCUUGUAUUAAUAUGUAGAGAAGAUUGUUAAUAAAGAAGCAUUGAGGGCUGAAUGAAGUGCACAUAUAUUGUACAUAAUAUACCACAUGGAAAGACUGAACUGAAAGCUGGAUCAACAUCAUUUUGUCAUCAAUAAUUCUAAACGCUUCAUAAUUAACCCUUUGACUGAUCUCAGGGUCUCCCCCCCUCGCACCAGUGACCGAUUGCACGUACUCCACCGUCUUGAGACAUUUAUAUGGAACUCCAGCGUAGCUCAGUCAGUGACUGGCUAUGGACUGGACGACCGGAGUUUGAUCCCCGACGGGGGCAGAGGAUUUUUCCUCUAGCCUCUGCAUCCAGACCGGCUCUGGGGCCCACUCGGCCUCCUAUCCAAUGGGUACCGGGGUCAUUUCCCGGUGGUAAAGCGCGGCAGGGGCCGUGAUGCUGACCACUCACCCCCAUCUUGUGCCAAGGUCAAGAUGAGUAGGAGCUAUACUCCUCUCCCCCCAAGCGCCUACUUGGCGUAUAGUGGGACAGCUAUACUUUAUAAAUGUAAUAAAUUACUGUGCUUUUUAAACCUUAUGAAAGGCUCAAUAUAUUGGGGAGAGAGUGACACGUACUCGGCAGUCAGAGGGUUAAUAGUUCGACGUAUUAUUACAGUUCUAGAUUCUACCGCUUCGAGUAUAUUUUUGUCUCGUUAAUUUCAUGUACAUCUGUGAUUCCUCAAGAUAUUACGCAUCUGUGAUUAUAGAUGUUCGCUAAAUUUUUUUUGAGUUGGUCCUGUUAUCUAAUAUACUAGAACUAGAAUAUCUAAAUAUGUACUGGGUUCCCAAUGUGGAUGGAAGCUAAAUUUUCUUGCAGUUCUCUACCUUUCUAGUGUAGUUAACAAUAAUCAUCGAAAGAGCUGACAAGUUACCGAAGGCACAAAGAGUAAAAUUAUGAACAUCCGUGACUUCGUAGUUCUCAUAAUUGUGAAUUCAGGUUGAUCGAAGCUCCGUUAUAUUUUCCUAGCUUGUUUCAGACAUUACAUUAACUAAAAAUCUUCCAAAAUGUGAGCCUGUUCCCUAGUCAGUUGAUAAAGCAGUAAUUGAAGCGUAUAAUGUGAUCGGUGUGUUAUUUAUUAAAGAAAUCUGCUUUCUUGAGUGACUUAAAUCACUGCGUGGAGUGCUCAAAGUAAAAUCGUAACAGGUCUUUCACCCUAGAUUCUUGGGGUUUUGGACCUUGUCCAUUGUCUGGUGUCACAAAACGCGACGUUUUGCGUCAAGACGGACGAGGUCUAAAAGCCGAUGUUCCAGAUUGUAUUACGCUAUCAUCAGAACCCUUCUGAAUCGGGGUUGUCGCGUUUACUAUAUAUAGUUAAUAGAGGAAUUGGUGUCCUUGUAAUUCUGCAUUAAUAAUUGUUUUAACACUCGUGCACCGCAGCUGGAAUACUUCGACGUUCACUCGUCUUUUUGUUUUUCAUUGGCCUACAUUCAUCUGUAAUAAACUUACGAUGGAUAAUUGAUGUUACAUUAGAAAUGUUGGCAUAAUAACGUUUGCAUUAUAGGUGCCUAUUUUAAAAAGCUUAAUAAUUUCUGAAAAUGCUGUUGGUAAGUCCGAAGGCGGACGUCUUUGGGUUGAACCGCAUAGUCUGGUAGAAGUUUACCGCGACGACCCGGAAGACGGUCUUCGUCGUGGUGUUGAAACAGCAUAAAUGCAAAAUUGUCAUCAGAUGAUUUAAAAUAUCUCGUAUUUAUUUGAUGUCUGUAUUUUAAACCAGGCCCUGUAUGUAAAGUUAUUGUGUGUGUUAACUACUUGAAUAUAAGUGAAACAAAAUAUUAUUGUCAGUUUUAUCAAUUGAAGAUUAAUUUUAAUUUAAUUUUGAAGAACAGUGUAGCAUUGUCUUGUCUGUUGUGCAGUUCGAAAUAAAGGAUCAUAAUUAUGACGGAUUGCUUCUUCUUAUGCUUGUAACAUGUACAAAAUGGAGACACAAAAGUACGUGUUCUGACUACAGUGAAGAUUUCCAGGUUGACCAACUGCGUAAGAAUAGAGGUGCAAUUCAUUGUAACUUCGUACUUACACAGGUGAUUGCGUUGUUACUGUGAAAGCUUCUAAGUCUUGCUAAGUCCACUGGCACUGCGUUUUUUAAUGUCACGCCAUAAAAUAUAAAUACGUUACUUAAAAAAGUAAAUUACGAAAUGAACUGUGGUCUCUUCAUCUGUUUUGGCAGACAACUGUCUUUUACUGUACAAGCUUGUAUUAAAGUGCUUUAACAUUA